CUUUUGCUCUUUUGCAUGAGUCCGUACUUCAUUCGAGCCGGCGUCUCCGUCCGUCGACAUGGAACAGAUUCGCGAUGGUAAACGUGUCCUUGGCGCCAUGUACGAGCUCACCCACGCAACGUUCUAUAAAUCCCUCUUGCGGUCUUGCCGCUGUAACCUCCUGAUAUCCACAGAAACACACUCGAUCGACUCAGCAAUAUCCAAAAGUGAUUUACUCCAUCCAAGCAAUCUCGAUUUGAUGGCCUCCAACCAGAACCAGGCGAGCUUCCAGGCCGGCGAGAUCAAGGCCCGCGCAGAGGAGAAGUCGGGGCAGAUGAUGGACGCGACCAAGGACAAGGCGGGGCAAGCGACGGAGGCCGCGAAGCAGAAGGCCGGGGAAGCCAAGGACUGGACGGCCCAGACGGCGCAGGCGGCCAUGGACCGCGCCGUGGAAGGCAAGGACCAGGCGGGGAGCUUCCUCGGCGAGAAGACGGAGGCAGCCAAGCAGAAGGCCGGGGAAGCCCAGGACUGGACGGCCGAGACGGCGCAGGCGGCCAUGGACCGCGCCGUGGAAGGCAAGGACCAGACGGGGAGCUUCCUCGGCGAGCAGACGGAGGCAGCCAAGCAGAAGGCCGGGGAGGCGGCCCAGUACACGCAGGACAGGGCCUCCGACGCGGCCCAGUUCACCACGGACUCCGCCGUCGCCGGCAAGGACAAUACCGGCAGCGUCCUCCAACAGGCCGGGGAGCAGGUGGUGAACGCGGUGGUGGGAGCCAAGGACGCGGUGGUGAACACGCUCGGGAUGGGAGGAGACAACACCGGGACCAAGGACACCACCGGCAGCGCCACCGAGAAGACCACCGGAGAUCACUAGACGUCGUCGACGGUCGACCCCGGCGCUUAAUUUGUUUUCCUUUUGGUUUGGUCGACCGUGUUGUUGAUCCUUUGAUGAUUUAUGUAUAUGGUCCAUUUCCAUUUUCCACAUGUAUUAUUCAGUGUAACUGUGUAAGUUUGCAUUAAUUCCUUUGAUGUACUCGUGUCCGGGUUUGUAAUGAACAUUGUACGACUUGUGUGACCGGAUGACGGGGGCAAUAAAGGUGAUUAUACAUAGAUCAACGUAGAACGGUUACGUCUA